GCGAGCUGUUCUGUGGUGCGCGCCGUGGCUUGUGCGCCGGAUGAUAAACGGAGAGGAUUUUUCACAUAUUUUUUUUUAAUCCGCGGCACAAUUGCCACUAAUAAUAGUCAGUGUAAAUAACAAUUUAAUGCGUGACGGGUGAAUAUAAAUUUUAUAACAAAAUGUUUGUCACAACGAUAUUCAACUAUUUCACACAUGUUUAGAUACAUUGAAAUUCAUUGAGUCGGCUCAGUGUGUUUUUUUUUUAUUAAGCAUAAAACUCUCGUCGCUCUUGUGUGACAUUGUGUUGGGCUUUUACUGCAACUGUGUAAGUGCGCGCUAGACACACGCGUGUUUUUUUCGGUUUUCAUCGGGGAUAAGGAGUUUAAUCUGAAAAAAAAUUGCGACAAUUUUUUCCCCCCUGAAAUCACGUGCAUUAUGGAGAUAUCGAAGGGCCUGCAGGAGGAAAUUAUUUUGGUGCAGAACAGACUGAAAAAUGCCAUUCGCGAUCACCAGAUAUGUGUCGGGAGACUCAAGGACGAGCCAAACAAUUCCGACAUACUGGGCAAAAUUCAGGAGAUUCAACUGCACAUAGUGUCCCUCGGGCGGUGCCAGAAGCAAAUUGUUGAACGCCUGCGCAAGGAAGUGGAGGUCUACAAGGCGGAGAAUGCGAAUGGUGGUAAAGUUUCACUGGCUGCUUUACUUGGGUUAAACAACAACAAUCAUAUAACAACGUACAGCGAUAAGAGGGAUGAGGUCAAGGUGCAGUCCAAUGGUAUUGAUGUUAGAAGAUCUUCGAGGGAUAAUUAUGAGGAUUUUGGAAGGAAUGGGAGUGUUUCCGGUCGACGGAAUUUAUGUGCCAAAGAUCGUUCAAGCUCUGUUGAGACUCUAUCAGCAGACGAGGACAUUAUCGAAGUCUCGAACGAUGAAAAUUCAACGGAGAGACAGUCGGAAACCUCGGAGAUUGAGACCCCUGUGACGGAGGACUACCAAUCAAAUGUGAAACAGGUAAACUUCCUGGGUAAUCUCGGGCUCAUCACGGCCAGCCAACUCCACGAAUUGCAGAACAAGAAAGCAGAGAGGAAGCGAAGAAGCACUGCCAAUCCACAGUUCGUGUACCCGAGCUGGGAUCUACCAUCGAAACGAAAAAGGCACGCGUACCUCCAAUCCAUGGGAACAGCUCCGCAAACUAGACAGACAACAGCGCGACUGAAUGGCCCCUCGCCUCCGCCAACGAAAGCCCCACCGAAAUCAACAUCUCCACUGACCAAAACAAUCUCGAAGAGUCUGAUUCCCCAGCAAAAAUCAACAGUUCGGCCGAAUAUCCUGAGGACCAUGCAGGAAGCGCGAGCAUUCCAGAAUCGUUCGAAACUCGAUAACGGGACGAGCCAGAGGGAGGCCAAAGUAGUUGAGCCCAAGUCUGUGCAUAUUCCAGGAUUGCCAGCUAGUUUGACUAUUGAGAGGAUUGAGAAUGAUAGUGCUGUUUGCAUCAAUUGCAGAAAUCCAGGGACUUUAACAAUCUGUGACACAUGUUCAGCGAAUUAUCAUAUUUCCUGUCACACCAUUUCACCUCCACCCCCACGUCAAUGUCCAAAAUGUGUGCAGAAGAAGAAAGAGGAGGAACGAAGUACUCCAGUAAUCAAGAAAGACGAAGAGCUCGCUGCAGCAUCGUAUGCGCCAGGAGUUGCUGGGAAAGCAGGAGAAGACCCAGAAAUCAAUAAAGCGCCUCGUGGACUUCAUAAAAGUGAUGCAACAGCCCAACGACAAGUCCCAUCCAGCACAAUCACCCAGCUUCCAACCUCCACCCUCCUCAUCCCCAUUACUCCAGGUCCCCUCGCCCCCUCCAACCCCAACACCCCGAUGCCCCCCCUCGCCAUCGCCUCCCACGUCACCUACACCCCCCUCGGCAUCAACACCUUCUCCAAUCAUCACCAGGGCAUCACCUACAUCAAAUCCAACUCCACAGCCUCCCACUCACCUCACACAACUGAACAACAGUACCUCAUUGUCAAGAAGCUGCCAGCCCCCGAGACUCAGCAGAUCUUACCAAAGAAUAUCCCCAAAACCGUUGGAGAUGUCGAUGCAGAGCACUCAAAUCUCGCUCAAUCAUCACCCCUGCUCUUCGAUAAGCUCUCCCGAGGCACCAAGAAGCCCGUCCCAGGACUCAAUCCAAUUAAUUCAUCCUCAAACGACGUGGAAUCGCCGGGCAUCCCCGAAAAACCAAAUCCACCAGCAACACGUGACAAAUCAGAUGCCAAUUAUCCCUUCACCCCCAAGAAUUCACCAAAUGGAACAGACUCAGCUGCCGAAUCAUGUGUCCGUGUUAACGCAGAGUCAGACCCACCGAUUGCAGUCAUCACCUUCACCCCAUCGUGCAGACAAUCAGAACAAUCAGAGUCAUCAGACGCCUCAACUGACACCUCGAAAUCAAGUGAUCUACACAACUCAGUGCUCACAGGCAAUCACCAGUCCGAUAUCGUCGCCAAUUGUUCUGAUGAAUCACCGAGGCACGAUGUACGUAGACAGGACAGUGUCGCUGACAGACUCGCAAGAAGACUCUCCGAGGAUCGAGCAGCGCAUUACCGAUCUCGACAGUCCACCGCCAAGUUCACCGAACACUUGAAAUUGGAAGAAGCGCAUUUAUCAGCGCCACUUGCAGCAAACUUAGGGCAGAGGUUUGAGGGCCUGGGGAGGCCCAGGUCGUGCUCGAGUGCGGAGGGACUGGGACCUGAGGGGGGCAGGGUCAAACCGAGGAUCUUGAUGAGGGAGAGGAGGAGUCUUGACUCACUGGAGACUGUCACCGUUCACAACAAGGGGGGCGUCAUCUGGAAGAAGGGGGACGACGUUUGGAUGGAGGAUAAAGAGGAGAAGGACAGUCCUGUGGGGAAUGAUAUUGAACUCUUUGAUGAGAGCACUAUGAGCGCCUCGGAGGACGAAAAGACUGGCUUUAGGGAGGAUGAUGAUGGGGACAGGGUUUCUAUUGUGUCGUCCAUUGAUAUGCAGGUACUUGAGGACUUUGAAACUGCCCUGAAGCAAAUUGAGGGGGGCCUGGGGCAAACUGCCAAUUAGGGAAAUUUAAAUCGAGGGUUUUUCGGAAUUGAACGAAUUUGUCUCAAUUGAAGAAUAUUUCUAUUUCACUUCUGAAGUUGAGGAAGAGGACACGCCUUGCUUAGGUAGGUUUUGAAGUAGAGCUACAAUAAAUUUCAACAAAUGAAAUGUUCCUCAUUUGUUGUUUGAAAGAGCAAACUUUCCUCUUCUUGAAAAGUGAUGUUCUGAAGAUACAUAUUCUCUGAUGUUUUUAGAUUUUAAAAAGAUUGUUCAAGGUUUAAAAUGAUUUAGAGAUUUUUUCGAGUUGGCAAUGACACAGAAGCACUCAUUCUGCAAUUGAAAAGUAUUCAUUUUUUUUUAGAUUCAUGAAGUGAAGAAACUUUUUUUGUUCUCUAAUUUUUGUUGAAUCACUAGAGCAAUUGAUCUUUCGAGUUUUUCUUUGGGAAAUUGUUGAUUUGGAGGGGAUGAUUGAGUUUUGUGAGGCGUUUGCAGGUGAUAAUGAUUCUUGUAUUGGUUACAAGGCUCCAAGUUCAUUGGAAGUGAUUAUUUUAAUUGUUUAUUUAUGAUGAGCCAUCAGUUAAAUCCUUGAAGUAUACGAAUUAAAGGAAUUAAUCGAACAAAAUUAACGAUAAAAACACGCACAUAUCGUGGAAUUAGAUAGCAAGGAGGAUUUUUUUGCGUUUUGUACGAGAGGAAAUUCAAAGUGAAGACGGGAUUGUGAAGAGUGAAACAAAACCCAAGCCAUAUUACCAUUACUGCCUUAAUAGUCGAUUAACUACGGUCCUUCAAUAUUUUUUUAGCCAAAUUACAUUUAUUAAUUUAUUAUUUAAAAAAUUGAUUAAUGGGGCAAGAGAUCGUUUUCUCAAUAUCAACGAUGGACAUUUAAUAUCGGCAGAGUAUUAAUAAAUUAAGCCGAAUUGUGUAUUGUAAAUAUUAAAAUUGAACAUAAGAUUAAA